AAGCUCCGCCUUUCUGAUGGCUUUCAGUCAUUGGACAAGACCCACGUCCGUCAACCAGCUGUUACCCUUCCGUGUGGACCAUGGCGGAUUUGAAUGUGGAAAAACAGCGGGGUAAAUAUGCUGCCCUUUCUAUCGCAGCUAUGGUAAUUGUGGUGGGCUUGCCGUUGUGGUGGAAAACCACAGAGACGUAUAGGGCGUCGCUGCCAUACUCCCAGAUCGGUGAACUGGACACUUUGCAGCUUCAGCUAACAAUGGAGGUAGAUGUUAUAUUUACCAAAGGCACUUUGACAGCAGAACAACAGAAUAAGGUUCCUAUGAGCCAAACUCAGGAAAACUAUUACAAAAUGAAUGGUGAGUACUUGUCCAAAGUUAUUUGUGCCAUCACUAUUGUAGAGUAGAGGCCUCCAGUCAUA